GCGGUAUAUUUUAUCGAUAGUUCCGCGCUACCACUGCUAGCGUUGUUUGUUUGCCAUUUUCUGCGAAAUCCGAAAUUUAUUACCAUAAAUCCGCGAUUUAAACUCUAUUGUGCAGCCAGAGCCGACAAACCCCAAACUCCACACACACGAAACUUUAGUUGAGAAAAUGUCCGCUAAGCGCAAGGCAGGUGGUAAUGGAGCUGGUCCCAACAAGAGGCGUCCCAAGAAGAAGGAGUCCGACUACGAGGACGAGUUCAGCGAUGAUUCCGACGAUGAUGCCGCCCAUCGGCAGGCGGCUGCCAAUCAAAUGGAGGUGCUCAUACCGAACGAUGAUCUUGAUCCCCCCAGCAAGCUGCCCGAGGACUUGCUGGCCACGCUGGAGAAGACGCCAGGACAGUUGCUGCUGGCCGGCAUGGUAACCUGGGAUCUGACCGGCAAGCGUGAUCGUAAAAAUGUCACAAAAGUGCGCCCCAACUUGUACAGCUUUCAUCGGUUUACAGAGGAGAAGUAUCGGUAUGUUGCCAGUGGCCCGAGUGCUGCCCACACCAUACUCAUCAAUAUGGAUCGCAAGGCGCUCGGCUUUGGUCGAAAUCCCAGCGGACAAUUGGGCUUCAGUCCGGAUGUGAAGCUGGUGGAGAAGCCCACAAUCAUUCCGGCCUUGGAGCAAUUGAACAUUGUUCAGGCCUCUGUCGGACGCCAUCAUACACUUUUCCUCACCGACACGGGCACCGUGUACGCCCUCGGCGAGAACAAGUCGGGACAGUGCGGUGUGGGCAAUGCCCAUGCCAAUAUAUAUUCCCCCACUCCGAUCAACUAUCGGGGUCCACCCAUCAUUCGCAUAGGUUGUGGCGCCGAGUUUUCGGUCAUUUUGGACAUCAAGGGAAACUUGCACACCUUCGGUCUGCCGGAGUACGGACAGUUGGGUCACAAUACGGAUGCCAAGUACUUUGUAAAUGCCAACAAGCUGUCAUUCCACUUUGAGACCUCGCCCAAGAAAGUCGUCUUGUACAUUGAGAAGAGCAAGGAGGGCCAUGUGACGCCCGUGGAUGGUGUGCAGAUUGUAGACUUUGCCUGCGGCAACAACCACACGGUGGCCAUUGACUCGAAGAAGCGCGUCUAUAGCUGGGGCUUUGGCGGCUUUGGUCGUCUGGGCCAUGCCGAGCCCAAGGAUGAGAUGGUGCCGCGCUUGAUGAAGUUCUAUGAUACUCAGGGUCGUGGCGGGCGCAGCGUAUUUUGUGGCUCCACAUUCAGCCUGAUUGUCAACGAGCUGGGCCUGCUCUAUCUCUUUGGCCAGAACAAGAAGACGGGCGAGGCCAAUAUGUACCCGAAGCCCGUGCAAGACCUGUCCGGUUGGAACAUCACCGAUCUUGGCUGUGCCAAUACAUCGAUCAUGAUUUCAGCCGACGACACACUGAUUGCCUGGGGUGCAUCGCCCACUUUCGGCGAGCUGGGCAUUGGUGAGUUCCAGAAGUCCUCGACGGUGCCCAAGGAGGUGCCCAAGAUGGAUGGCAUUAAAAUACCUCAGGUGACAAUGGGCUACUCGCACACCGCCCUGCUGGUGGACACCACUCACGAGGCCACCAAGCAGAAGUACGAGAAGCUGCCAGAGUACACCAUCGACGAUUAGAAGAAGCUGCCUGCCUGCGCGGGAGAUGGGGAUAUGGGCAGGGCAGCAUACCCAAAAGCAAUACACUGCUACCGAUAAGUAUACCGCUGCCAACUACAAAAUACUGCUCCACAUAGGUUACCACGAAAAUACUACGAGAAACCCUGAGAACUGAUCAUCGAAACACUGCUGCUACUUACUGAAAAAAAACAGAAAACAAACAAAAACACGAAAAUAACCAUCAACAUUGUAUGCUAUAAGUCGGAAAAGAUCGUAAUAGCAAGGCUGCACUCUACGCUACGUACAUUUUAAAUAUAAUCUCGGAAUAUGUAAUUUCCUUUUCCACAAUUACAAGUUUUUAGUAAUUAAUUUAUUGUGGUAUUUUAUAAAGAAAAACCUAUCCACCCUAUCUCUACUCCUCCCUUUAAUUUAUUGCCGCCCACCUUUAGGCUUACAACAUGAAAACCCACAAACACAAACAAAAGAAAAAGCAAAAUGUAGUACAUCUAUUCUACACCCAAUUUUGACUUAAUUUCAAUGUAACAAUAACACAAACAUACAAGGCAUACAACAACAGAACAGAACAGUAUUCUGCAUUUUGAACAGAGUGAAGUGAACGAAUGGCAAAACUACAAACAAAAAACAAAUAUUAAUUAACAAUUUAAGCGCGUAGGUUACAUAUAUUACAUUUAUAAAGUAUACCAUGGAGCAAAAUCCAAUACAAGUUGCAACUAUUACACAAGUA